CGGGACUGCCCCGCGGUAUGCCAUAAUGGGACUCGCUGGUACAAACACGCACAUAUAUUUGAGUGGAACGGACUCCGUUUGUUAGAUUUAUCUCAGAAUGCCACUUCGAUGAUAUAACUAUGCUGCUUACAGCAUACUUUGUUCUUGUGGGGCUGAUAGCUCUGUGGGCAGUGCUGGAAUUUUCUGCCUGUCAUUCUAAGCCAUCAACCUCCAGCAAUGCUGUGGGAAACCCUGCCUUCCGACAAUUCCAAUAUGACUUCUAUAGAACUUACUUUCCAGCUCUGGCAGCAGAUUGGUUGCAGGGCCCAUACCUGUACAAGUUAUACCAGCACUACCACUUCCUGGAGGGACAAAUAGCUAUCAUCUAUGUCUGCGGCUUUGGGGCCAGUGUGUUUGCAGGUCUAGUGAGUGCUCCACUGACAAGUCGACUUGGUCGCAGAAAAUCCUGCAUACUUUUUUGCCUUCUCCUCUCAGCAAGUUACCUGUGCAAGCUGUCUCAGGAAUACUUUGUGCUUAUUACUGGAAGGGUUUUGGGUGGCUUCUCAAGCUCUCUACUCUUUUCUUCCUUUGAAGCAUGGUACACUCAUGAACAUGCUGAACAGCACGAUUUUCCAGCUGAGUGGCUCCCCCACACCUUUACUCGGGCUGCAGCCUGGAAUGGUGGCAUAGCAAUAGCUGCUGGAGUAAUUGCAAAUGCCUGUGCGGAGUGGCUAGGUCUGGGUCCUGCUUCACCCUCUGUGCUUGCAGUGCCUCUUCUGGUUUUAUCUGUAGCCCUAGUGAUACGUGAGUGGGAUGAAAAUUAUGGACAGACCAGUAGCUUUAGAAGAGUAUGUGGAGAUGGACUGCGAUGUCUUCUGAGAGACCGAAGAGUACUGCUUCUGGGUACCAUCCAGGCAUUAUUUGAGAGUGUGGUUUAUAUAUUCAUCUUCCUUUGGACACCAGUUCUGGAUCCACAUAAUACACCUCUUGGCAUUGCCUUUUCUAGCUUUAUGGCAGCUAGUGCAGCGGGAUCAUCACUGUAUCGUCUGGCUACUUCCAAGAAAUACCAUUUACAGCCAAUGCAUGUCCUUUGUCUCUCAAUUCUUAUGGUAUUCUUUUCCCUCUUCAUGCUGACUUUCUCCACUGCUCCAGGCCAAGAGCAUCCAACAGAGUCCUUGUUGGCAUUUCUACUCAUCGAGUUGGCUUGUGGCCUCUACUUUCCUGCUAUGGGUUUCCUGAGGUGCAGAUUAAUCCCAGAGAAAGAGCAGAUAGGUGUAUUGAACUGGUUUAGAGUUCCUCUGAACCUGCUUGCUGGAUUAGGGCUGCUUGUACUGCAUGACAGUGACUACCAAAGUGGUACCAGGAACAUGUUCAGUUUGUGUGCCAUCACAAUGCUUCUUGCCCUGCUCUGUGUGGUAAGCCUCUUCACAAUGGUGAGAAAUGACUCUGAACUACGGCUUCCAACCUCUGAGACAGAGCCUAAUGGAACUGAGCAGUGAUUUUUUUUUUUAACAUAUACUUGCUGUAAGAGACAGCAAAACCAAAGCAAUGCAGGUUGCCACUCAGUAAACCAAAACAAAACGUUUCGGGAAAAUGUUUUUAUUUUUCUGAACUUUUCAUUGGUGAGUGAUCUAUGCUCCUUUUAUUCUUUCGACACCUGUUACGGUUCAACAAUCUCUAUUAUUAAUCCCGUUUGAGGAAGCCCUGUAGUUUUGCAAGCAAGGUUCUUGCUGUACCUGAUUCAUCUUAGGUAACAACUUAUUGGUGAAAAAUGGGUUUAAGAUGGUGACUGUCACAGCUUUCUAAAGUUUUGUUACAGUAUAAUAAAAACCUGUGCUAAAAGCG